GUUUGGCUUGAGCAACAAGUUUGAUACAGAAUUUCCUUCUGUUCUGACAGGGAAGGUUGCCCCAGAAGAAUUCAAGACCAGCAUCAGUCGUGUGAACGCCUGUUUAAGAAAGAAUCUCCCCAUCAAUGUAAAAUGGCUGCUUUGUGGCUGUCUGUGCUGCUGCUGCACGCUGGGCUGUAGCCUGUGGCCUGUCGUCUGUCUUAACAAAAGGACUAGAAGAUCAAUUCAGAAGUUAUUAGAAUGGGAAAAUAACAGACUAUAUCAUAAGCUGGGUUUGCACUGGAAGCUGAGUAAAAGGAAAUGUGAAACCAGCAAUAUGAUGGAAUAUGUAAUAUUAAUAGAGUUCUUACCAAAAUACCCCAUAUUUCGACCUGACUGAGGAACAUCAUUUGGUCUUUCAUGUUACCUGUCAUUUUCUACCCUUAGUGCCUUGUAGAUGAUUUUGGAAAGAAGAUGGUCUACUUUGCUGUGACUUAAUGUUCUUCAGUAGAGUAUCUUCCUUGCUAUGUUACUUUCUUUUGUUAAGAAGAGAACAAUUUGCACAUUUUUUUAUGUUAAAUGAGGCUUCUAUGUUGCACUCUGAAUUUUUAACAUUACCAAUAACUGAUAGAGUUGCCACUAGGGAUCUAACAUCAGUGCUGCUUAAACUUGUUCUGAGCAUGCUGCCUUAUUAAUUUCUGUAUUUGCUGUCCUCAAACAUGCAUCCUAAUGCUGUGUCAUACUCUUAUUUCAUUCUGAAUGUUGCAACCCUAGAAACCCUCAGUAGAAAUGUCCAGGUAAGCAUCUAGUAGUAAUGAUUUUAGUAUAACCUGCUUGCAUAGGACUUGCAAUCAACAGCACUGGUUUUGUCCUGCACUUUGCAAAAUCAUCAUCUACAUUAGGGGGUUAAUUAUUUUACCCACUAUGGAUUUGUAAAUAGUUACUCUUUGCAUAACGUAAAGUGUGGUAUGCCAAGGUUUACAGAAUGUAAUAUAGCUCCUGUUCUAUUGCCAACAGUCCAACAUGGUUUUACUCAUUACCCUUGCUCGUAUCCCUCUGAUUGUAUAGACCCACUCACAUGCUGUUUUUAUGGUAAAGCCAUAAGGAGUUUGUACAUAACUAUCAGAUGUGUAGGGCUCAGUUGCACUUUGUUUAGUAAAUGGAUGAAAAAUGCAUAGCAUUUCUGUCUUUUAUUUCAUGUUUUAAAGGAUUUCAGGUGGUGGUUG